GUUUCAGCGUUUAGCUUCAGGCAUUAAUUCAAUGUCCCGAGUUUUAUCUACCCCUACAGAUUCUUGUAAAGUAUUUCGUGGAAAAGUUUCUAUCGCACUGAUUAUACGUACGUAUAUUGAAAAAUGUGGUUUUUCUAUUAUAAAUCAAUGGAAGGCAUUUUCACUUGAAGAGCUUUGGAGAUUUUGUAUCUUGCCCUGCAUUUGUAAUGCGUCGUUUACAGUGGCAAAUCAUACAACGUUUUCUGCACAUCUGCUCAUAUCACAUUUCAAAACCAAGUUUCCUGAAUGGUUUUUAAUACCUCAGGUUUUAGCUUUGCUUUUGUUCCGUUUUUGUCGUCAAGGAGACCCUUGUCUUCGAUCUUCUAUUCAUUGUUUAUCCAUUGAAUAUCAAAAAAAUUCAAUCAGUGAUAGUGUUUGGCCAAUUGUUAAUCUUUUUGUCAAAAUAUUCGAUAAAGUAAAUUUACCAAAAGAAUGGAUUUCUACAUGGAUCGAUAUUUCAGAUACAACAACAUAUUUAGAACAUAUGAUUGAUAAUGAAGAUUUUGAUAUAAAUGAUGAUUGCUCUCUAACCUUACCGAAUGACGAAAGUGUGGAAUUUUCUCAAUUGCAAAAAAAUACAGCUGUUAAUGCAACAUUUAGUAAAAAGUUCUCGACUAUCAAAACGACUGCAACAUUUCCUAUACUUAAUCUAUGGCUAUUAGAAAUGGAUCAAAGACAAGAAAUUUUUAAUUUCAUUAACCUUGUUUGGGAUAUUUUCGUGUCAUGCUCGUGGGUUGCUUCACCUCUUGAUUAUGCACCCUUUCAGUUUCUUGAACGACUAGACUACAACACGCCACUCGCUAGGCUGUUGGAAGGGGUCUCCGAACGGCUGAAACCAUUUCUAUCUCCUUCAUACAUUUUCAUGGAUGGUCUUUUUUCAUUUAUCGAACUAUUAGCCCAUAAAGAAAAGCUGAAUGUGAAUUCAACUAAUCAUCGAGAAAAAGAAUCUUGGAAGGAUGCUGCAAUUAAUUUUUUUACCAAGGUUUUUUCGUAUAAUUUUAAAAAUUCUGAAAUGAUGUUUUUUCUUGAAAUACGCCGCUUGACAUUCAUCGAGGCAAUACCAUCACUUCUAUGUACAACACAUAUGGACGCUACUCUUAUUCUUCAAUUUAUUUUUGAAAAAAUUUUUUUAACCGAUGUUUCUAUCAAAACCUCCUCAGUUGAACGUUUUGCAUUUAAUAAGGAUAUAGAAGAGUUUGAUUUGGAUUCUGCUUAUUUUAUUCGACGUAGAGCUUUAUAUGCUUUAAUUAGUUAUUGCCGAACCUCUUCCGAAAAUAUUAAAACAUUAUUAGAGCCUAUAAUGGAACGAGUGAAACAACGACUUGCUUCGGACAGUAUUCAGCAAGUUGAACGAUCUCUACUUAUUCAAUCAAUGAUUUCUAUCGCUGCAGCGUCUAAAAACUACAAUGUUCAAAAAUGGUUUGGAUAUGAAAUCAUAGAGAAUUUCAAACAAACUCUGUCCUCGUUGCAUUUAUCUGAAAUCACUCAAAACAUUAAUACAUUUGUUGUAUUUUUUUUUGGACAAAGCAGUACUUGGACUGGUAAUAAAAACGAAUUAACCGAAUUAAUUUCGAAACGGCGAAAGGUUAUUCGUUUUAUUACACAAGUAGAAGCUAUUCUUCAAUAUGCCACUAUACCAGUGAAAUUACAAGAGUUGAAAAACGGCGGUUACGUGGUGGAAGAGUAUAUGGAAGCAUUGCCCUUACAAAGCGCUGAUCCAAAUGAAGCCUGUACAAAGUGUCUUUCAUCACAAAAUGAUUUUUCGCAGGAUAUGGAUUUCUCUCAGAUAUUUAAAUUUGGUUUGCGUCAUCCUAUGAGUGACUUUGUUUUAGCAAUGUUGCCCUCGCUAUUAAAAAUUUUGUCCGUCUAUAACAACACCUGGGCCGAUGCUUCCUUAUCACAAACAUUCCAACAUUUAAAUUUCCUUCUCACGGUUGGUGAAGAAGAGUGGAAAUCUCUUGCAGGAGACGCUCCUACCAGUGGUACAAUACGAGGCUAUGUUGAAAAUACAUUUCCUUUAAAUUACUCUACCGUUUCUGUGGAUGACGUUCGUACUGUUCGUCGACAAAAUUUUCAUCUAAGAAUCUUAUUGUAUCGCUGUUUAGGAAGAAUGUCGCAAGUUUACACAGCUUUUUUUAGUUAUCCAUGUAUACAAAAAGAAUUGAGGCACUUUAUUUUACAUGAAACAAAUAUGGCUCCGACUUUACACCUUAGUAACUCUCUUGAAUAUUUUUGGCAAAGCUUUUUCAGUGAAGAAAACAUUCUAUCAUUACAAAUGUAUUCCACUGUUUCCAUUUUUAAUCUUCUUCAUCAUAUAUUUCUACCAUUAUUAGCGAUGUUUCAAAAUCGCAUUGGGUUCGAAUUGGAAAAAAUUUCACAAGAACAAAAAGCUUGCACAGAAAAACAAAACACGUGUUCUGAUUUCUUAAUACGAGGUUACUCAUUGAUACGGGUAGAAAACCUUUUAUUAGAUAUAAUAACAGAACUCGUAAAUUUAAAAGGAUUUGUUUUUAAUAAAAAAGAAAAAACUAAUUCGUCGUAUGCAAUUAUGGAGAAUACAAAUGAACCAAAGACAACGUCUAAUUUCUGUUUAUCUUAUAACGACUUAGAAAGCCACGUCGAGUCUACAGAAACAUCUCAUUCAAAUCCUUUAAUUCAACUUAAGCAAUUUUUACAUUAUGAUGCUACCUUCGUCCAAGGCAUUGUAUCAUUUUGUUUACAGCUUGCACAAUUUCCUAAUGCGACAAUUAUGAAAGAUGCUUAUCUUACUUUAAGGUUAAUGAUUAAACAAUUGACUAAGUAUUUGCAACCCAUACCGUCAACAACUAUACAAAUUCUUUCUUUAAUUUACCAAAAGUUAUUAGAAUCCAUUCUUGUGGCACCAACAUUGGAAGAUAUUUCAUCUUUUUCAACAAUGGACACAAAAUACAAAGAAAGAUGCUCACCUUAUAGUAAAUUUUUAUUUGACAAAAAUUAUCAGGGAGGAUUACCUACUGUUGCAGGAACGGUUCUUUAUGAAUGUUUAAUGGGUUUUUUAAGAUGUACACAAAAUACGUCGACUCACUCACCAAUCACAGUUAUUGAAGAGUUGCCUAAAUUUCCAGAGCUAUACAACGCUAUACUACAGUUAUCAACACUUCCUUAUCCAAUGUCUUCAACUGAUUUAGAGACGCUUACAAGAGAACUUUUGCUUCCUAAAGAAAAACAGGACUUACGAGUCACCAAAUCGGCACUUGUUACCUUUGUAGCGAAAAAUUUGAAUACUUUUAAUAAUAAAUAACUCUGCUAAAUAAUUCCUUGUAAAAAUGUAGUUUUAAUGUUUUACUUUUUUAACGUUGGUACAAGUGAAUACGAAAAUUACAAUUUUUCUUUUUACAUUGUAAAUGGUUUGCGUGUUUUAAAACAUUUCAACAAGUCUACGGUUUUGUGUGACUUCAACACACUGUGUUACUCAUGAUUGACCACUUGUGUGAUUGUGGAACAAUUAAAUUGUCCCUUUGAUAAAACGUACAGACCAAAUUUGAAUGAAAUAUAUUACUUUAAAGCAACAUUUCUAAAAUCGUAACACUUUACAACAUUUAAUCUUUUUCACCUAGUUGUUAAUCCCGUUUUUGAUAAACUAAACAAGCCAUUUUUCGAGUUUUCUUAUGUGUCAAAAAUAUUGUUACCACAUAGAUAAACAAACGUAUGCCGCUGUUACAAUAUUUUCCUGUCUAUUCAAAUCGAUACCAUUUUUCAGUUAGCUUUAAUAUAUUAAAAAGAAUAAUGUUAACAGAUAUUGGCAUUCAUAAUGAUUUUGACUCAUCCGACAUGAAAGAUCAAACGAUACAAGUCUUUGCUCCACAAUCUGGGUCCGACUAUACUUUAAAUCACCAAAACACUCUAGAUCAAAAAAUUGAAUUGUGUAGUAUGGACGCUAAAUUAGAUACGGGAGUACAAAGCAAUAUGCUAACGUUAGUAAAUGUUGUUUGUUUAUCAGCAGAGAUAUUAGUAAAAAAAAAAAAAAUAUUUUUGAAACACGUCUGGCCUUCUCCACUAUCAAACGCGUUUCAGUGACUACUAAUGCGCCAGAAAUUUCAAAAAAAUCAAUAAGUCAAGAGUUACCUAAUACUAAAGAC